AUGGCGUACCAGAGCCUCCGGCUGGAGUACCUGCAGAUCCCACCGGUCAGCCGCGCCUACACCACCGCCUGCGUCCUCACCACGGCCGCCGUGCAGUUGGAAUUGAUCACACCUUUUCAGCUGUACUUCAAUCCUGAAUUAAUCUUUAAACACUUCCAAAUAUGGAGGCUAAUCACCAAUUUUUUAUUUUUUGGGCCUGUUGGAUUCAAUUUUUUAUUUAACAUGAUAUUUCUAUACCGUUACUGUCGAAUGCUAGAAGAAGGCUCUUUCCGAGGUCGGACAGCAGACUUUGUAUUUAUGUUCCUUUUUGGUGGAUUUUUAAUGACUAUUUUUGGUUUGUUUGUGAGCUUAGUUUUUUUGGGCCAGGCCUUUACGAUAAUGCUUGUCUACGUGUGGAGCCGAAGGAAUCCUUAUGUCCGCAUGAACUUCUUCGGCCUUCUCAACUUCCAGGCCCCCUUUCUACCCUGGGUGCUCAUGGGCUUUUCCUUGUUGUUGGGGAACUCAAUCAUUGUGGACCUCUUGGGUAUUGCAGUCGGACACAUAUAUUUUUUCUUGGAAGAUGUAUUUCCCAAUCAGCCUGGUGGAAUAAGAAUUCUGAAAACGCCAUCUAUUUUGAAAGCUAUUUUUGAUACACCAGAUGAGGAUCCAAAUUACAAUCCACUACCUGAAGAGCGACCAGGAGGCUUCGCCUGGGGUGAGGGCCAGCGCCUCGGCGGGUAA